UAUUAUUUGCUAUGCAAAUUAUGUUUUAUUUUUUUAAUACUUAUUUACACUUAAAUGCCAAUAAAAUUACGUUUUGAAUUAUGUAUUGAUAUAAGAUCAACAGGUCACUAUUGUCAAAAGACACUUAAUAUUCACCUAGGUCUAGCUUAUAGGUAUUUGGUUAAUUGUAUUAUUUGUAUGUAAUUCAUAUUACGGUCACAUAUAUUUUACCAUCUAAAACUUAGAUUUUUAAAUCUUGCAAUUUUAAUAUUAUUGUUACAUUUACCAACAUUUGAAUUUAUUACCCUAAUAACCAAUUUUCAACUAAAGUUCCAAAAUAUUUAGGAUUUUAACUUAACCUCGUACUUAAUUGUUAUUGGACACUGAAAAAUAUCUAUUACAAUAUCAAAGUUAUUCCAUAGUAUUCAAAAAAUAUUUGAUAAAUCCAAUAUUAGUUUUUUUUUUACCUAACAUAAUUAUUGUAUUAGGUGAUCUGUUACAAAAAGUUAAAAAUAGGCUUAGUUGAUAUUUCUUUUAAGUACACAGGAAACAGAGUGAAGAGACCUCCCAGUGGAGGUACUUCAUCAAUAGAUAGUUAAUAUCUAGGUGAUUAUUAUAACUAACUCAUGCACUUACAAUUACAUUUUUUUUAUUUUUUUUUUACAUAAUUUUUCAUAACAUCUAAUGAAUUAUAUACUCAUGUGAGCAGGUCACAACACCCCACUGUCUUAUUAAUCUCUUGUUGGGAUAAAUCCAAUACUAGUAAAUCACAAAUAUCCGAUGCUUGGUUUUGAUAAAAAAAAUGCUGUCAUUAAUAGAUCCUCGUUUUGAAUGUUCUAUUUGCCUUAACUGUCUAAAGGAUCCAAUGCUGACAAGAUGUGGACAUCGAUUUUGUUCCGAGUGUAUAAGAGCAUGGCUUAAGCGUAAAAGUCAAAUUUGUCCAAUUGAUUUAUUACCCCUGACUAUAGAAGGUUUAUUUCCCGAUAACUACACAAAACGAGAAAUAGAUGAGCAAAAAGUUGCUUGUUUAAAUACUGGUUGUGAUGUAACAAUACCAUUGUUAGAAGCUGAUCAACAUUAUUCAUCAUGUGGAUUUAAUAAAAACCAAAUAAAUGGACUUGCUGAUAAUCUCUGCCCAUUUCAUUUAAUUGGAUGUAAGGAUACAAUAAAAGAUAAAAAUGAUUUAUCAAACCAUCUUGUUAUGAGCGUGCAUCGUCACGUUACUCUACUUACAAAAUCUCAUAUUGAUUUCAUGAACAAAUUUCAAAUCAGAGAUGGUGCUCGUUCUAAAGCUUUAGAAGCUACACAAAUGUGGGAUGCGGAAAAAGACCCUAAUUCUGAAAAAGCUUUACUUUGUAAUUUAUAUGAAAGAAUAGUUGUAUUAGAACAAAGUAAUAUUGAAAAAGAUAAAGAUAUAGAGCGUUUGACUCAAAAAAAUGCCAUCAAGGAUAAAGAUAUUGAACAACUUAGUCAAAUGGUUAAUAAUUUAAUUGUCAAGUUUGAUCAAUCUCAAAAUGCAAUAUCGUUAAUUACAUGCAAUGGUGUUUAUAUAUGGAGAUUUGAAAAUUUUAUGGAGUCUUUGAAAUCAAUGAGAGAAAAACCAUUACAAACACAAUACUAUACUCCAGGAUUCUAUACAUCUUCUGCUGGAUACAAAGUAUGUGGUCGAAUAAACAUGUCAACAGACAAUCGUAAUCUUUCUCUAUUUAUUCACAUGAUGCGUGGGGAUUAUGAUGAUACUUUAAUUUGGCCAUUUUCUGGUCAUAUUACACUAUCAUUAAUCCAUCCAACAAAUCCCAUACAGAACAUUUGUUUGAAAAUGCAAUCAUCAGCUGAAUCUGAAGCAUUUAGAAGGUGUUCUUUCGGAAAUAUUGGUAAUGAGGUUCUUUCUUUAAAUCCAAGAGCUUUUGGCUAUACUGAGUUUGUUGCCAUUGAUGAAGUUCUUCAAAAUGGAUUUAUUAAAAAUGACUCAAUUGUGAUUAAAAUAAUUGUUGAAUGUAAUAACUUUUGAUCUCUAAAGUAAAAUAAUGUUGUAGCAGGCUUAUAAAAGUAUUAUACGUAACUAUAUCCGUCCAUAAAUAAGUUUAUUUUAGAACUGUUAUAUUUAAAAUAAAUUUUAUAGAAUAAAUAACAA